CGCGUGCGCUUUGGAGCGCGAGCCGUAGGAGGAGGCGGGAGCUGAGGAGGCGGUGGAGGGGGCGGGUCGCGUCCGGCGCCACGUCCGCAGCCAGAGGCCGCCGUCGCAAACCGUGUCUUCUGGCUCCACAGCCGGAGGAGGCGUCUGCGGAGCUCGCGACUGCCCGAGGCUGUGCCCGCCGCUCAGGCCGCCUCGCCCUUCCUCGGUGCUGCCCGCUCCUUCGCCCGGCCCCGGCGCCGGCCCCCGACCCAGCGGUGAUCAUGAAUCAGACAGAUAAAAAUCAACAAGAAAUCCCAUCAUACCUUAGCGAUGAGCCACCAGAAGGUUCAAUGAAAGAUCACCCACAACAGCAACCAGGCAUGCUGUCCCGUGUGACUGGGGGUAUCUUCAGUGUUACAAAGGGAGCUGUUGGUGCCACCAUUGGUGGCGUGGCUUGGAUUGGUGGAAAGAGUCUGGAGGUGACCAAAACAGCUGUUACAACUGUGCCUUCCAUGGGAAUAGGGCUGGUGAAAGGGGGCGUGUCUGCUGUGGCUGGAGGUGUUACAGCUGUCGGGUCUGCUGUUGUAAACAAAGUGCCCUUAACAGGAAAGAAAAAAGACAAAUCUGACUAAAAUAUGGAGAACACUUGUUCUCCACAGCAUUAUGAUGCCAGUGGCAUUGAAUUGCUAAAUUAUGGACUACAACCAAGUCACCGGUUUUGGACGUUUAUCUUCUAACUGCUGUGUUGAAAGUAUUGAUGACUGACUGACUGGCUUUUGUCUAAAAAGAAGAGACCAAUACUAGCACAGUGUAUGAAGGUUUCUCAUACUUAAAUUCCAGCUUUUUAUCUGGUAAAAUGUUACACUUAUUCAGUUGUAACUGAAGAUACGGUGUAUUUGAAUAUUUACUAUAUAAGUCUUUCAGUUUAACUAAAAAUGUGAAAGUUGAAUUUAGUGGAUGAUCUUUACAGUUCCAUAUGUAUAAUGUGCCAGGUAACUCAUUUGCCCCUUAAGAAGGGAACCUUGAACUACAUAAACUGUACCUUUGAUGUGCCUAAUAGUUUCAGAUGUUUUAGUUUUUUUUUAAUAACCAUAGUUGAUUAGACCAAGAGGCAUUCUUUUAUUAUUUAAGAUGGUAAAAGUAGCAGGAACUAGAGAAGGUUAAAAGAUUCAUGGUUUUGUGAGUAUUAACCAUCUUGUAUUAGACAUGCAUUAUAUUAAUUUAAUCAUUGAUGCCUUACAAAAGAAAACAUCUUUUCUGAUACCCUGAAUAUGUGCAGUUCUUAGGAUUAUUAUUAUAUAUGGAUUCUUUCAAAAGUUGUUUGUGAAAUUAGUUUUCCCUCAAGAAUCUCAGGAUUAGUGGGGUAAAGGCAUUUCUUGCUCUCAGCAGAUAAGAUAGUGCUUGUUAACUGUCAGCAGUUACACCAAAUUGUACACUUCAACCUGGGUUCAUGCUCCAUCAUUAAUAAACCUUACAGUGCCUAAGGAACAUUUCUUUGCUGGUCAGAAGCUAUGUUAAUAGAGUUUCAUAUUAAGGAGGAACACAUAAAUCAUUUUAAGUUCUUAAGAAUUAUCUGAAGCAUCCAAGAUACAAAAAGAAUUCUUCACACCUAUUUUGUCCCAUGUGCUUACAUACUCAGUUGUGCCCAACUCGUUGUGACUCCAUGGACUGUAACCCAUCAAGUUCCUUUGUCCAUGGAAUUUUUCAGGCAAGAAUACUGGAGUGGGUUGUGAUUUCCUACUCCAGGGGAUCUUCCCAAUGCGGGGAUCAAACCCGUGUCUCCUGCUUGGCAGAUGGAUUCUUAACCACUUGUGCCACUGGGGAAGCCCCAUUUUGUGUCAAGGAUGGCUUAAAUUAUUAGCAGUACCCCUUUUAAAAAACACAGUAAAAGCAACUAUGGAUAUGUGACUUGAAUGGAAUGGGCUCCAUAGAUUAGUUCUGAAGAUUAAGGAUAUUGAUAAGUGCUAUCGAUGUUUGACAGGCUUUUAAAAUGUUAUCUUACAGUCCUUUAAAGCAGCAGUAGACUUUGUAUCAUUUUCCAAGUCAACUUCAGGCAGGGAAUUGAAUUUUUUGGUUACGGAUGAUAAGCGUGUCAUAUCUUAAUAAUGUCUCGUCAGGUUUCGUUCAUUCUAAAAGAAUAUGACUUAGCUAGAAUUCAUCUUUGUUUCAUGUUCAAUUUCAUAAAAAUUUUAAAGUGGAAUAUAUAUUUGGCAUAUCUCUUAACUAAGGGUUUAAUCCAAGUUUGAAAAAUCUUAAUUUUCUUUAACUUAAGUUUGGAAAUUUGCUACCAUUCUGCACUUUUUUUUUUUUUAAAUGAGCGAGGGGAAGAAAGGAGAUGAUACUCUUAAGUCAGUAAGUCAAAAUAGCACUCCUGAGAACUUAAAUCACUCCAACACCCAAAGCUUAAGUGUUUGUUUGCAAACCCCUAAGAGUUUUACAUUAAUAAUGUGGAUCAACAAAAGGAUAAGAACAAAACUUUUAAAAGCUUUUAUAAAUACCAACAGGGAUUUAUGCAAAUCCAGUUUCCUGAACCUUUCUACGAUAUACAAAUCUGGCAAGUCAUUAAGGAGUUAAUGAGAAAUUAAAUUGGCAUUUAUUUCAUCCAGUAUGAUUUAUCUGUUGGUAUAAAGAAAGAAAAUGAAGUCGCUCAGUGGUGUCUGACUCUUUGCGACCCCAUGGACUGUAGCCUACCAGGCUCCUCUGUCGAUGGGAUUUUCCAGGCAAGAAUACUGGGAGUGGGUUGCCAUUUCCUUCUCCAGGAGAUCUUCCUGACCCAGGGAUUGAUCCCAGGUCUCCCGCAUUGAAGGCAGACGCUUUACCGUCUGAGCCACCAGGGAAGUAUCUGUUGGUAUACUGUGAUCAAAUAUAAUUAGAAACAGGAUUAAAAAAAAAAACUCUGAAAUUAAUAAACACUAAAUGAUCUAAAUAAUGGUAUUGGAGAACUUUUUCCUGUUAUUUGAAAGAAAUUAUUGCUUUGUUGCUAGUUUAUAUUUCUAAAUUAUCUUUAUAAGCUCUGCUGUGCUUUGUACCUGAAUUUCUACAUAUAGACUUUAGUUUACCGUAUGCUUGAAUAUUUAUUUUCAACUUCGCUUGUCUUUAAAAUUGCUUGAGAAAAAAUGGUUGUAAUUAAUUUCUGCUACAGAAAAGCCACCUGGUACAUUUUAUCUCAUCAAGCUUGUUUUAAAUUUUAAACUUAUAACUUUGUUCAGGAGAGGCUUUGCAAUGAUAGCAGAGAACUUGUACAAAUGAACAGUUAGUUGUAGAGGUCUUGUUGAAAUGAACUUGCCAUUUGAUAUGUAAAGCUGUACACUUGAGUCUUUUUCAGUUUAUUUUUGUAGACUAGCAGUUUGACCUGUUGAACAGUACUGGCUAACUUCAAGAAACUGAGGUUGUUGUAUACACCUGGAGGCAUCUGUUAUUCAGCUUAUCUUUUGAGUGGGUAUUUGGCACAAUGAGGAUAAACUUGUGUGACCCACCAGAAUGACUGAUCUAAUAAUGUUGACAUCAUGAAUCCUGUACUUAGUGAAAUGUCAGAUGAAAAUUAUUGAUGAUUGAGUAAAUUUUUUGUGUUAAAGAAAUGGGAAAAGAAUACAUGAAUCUGUUUAAUAAAGCACUAUGAUCUGCAAAA